CUGAUCGGGUGUGCAGGCGGCUUCCGGUGUGGGUGACGAACGGUGGCCGAAACGGAGACAUCAAGGGACAUUGAGGCAGAAACCAUGGCGGACGGCGGCUCAGAGCGGGCUGAUGGGCGCAUCGUCAAGAUGGAGGUGGACUACAGCGCCACCGUGGAUCAGCGCCUGCCGGAGUGCGAGAAGCUGGCCAAGGAAGGAAGACUUCAAGAAGUCAUUGAAACCCUUCUCUCUUUGGAAAAACAGACCCGUACAGCUUCUGAUAUGGUGUCUACUUCCCGUAUCUUAGUUGCAGUCGUGAAGAUGUGCUAUGAGGCUAAAGAAUGGGAUUUACUAAAUGAAAAUAUUAUGCUUUUGUCAAAAAGACGGAGUCAGUUAAAACAAGCUGUUGCAAAAAUGGUUCAACAGUGCUGUACGUAUGUUGACGAAAUCACAGACCUUCCAAUCAAACUUCGAUUAAUUGAUACUCUACGAAUGGUUACAGAAGGAAAGAUUUAUGUUGAAAUUGAGCGUGCUCGACUGACUAAAACAUUAGCAACAAUAAAAGAACAAAAUGGUGACGUGAAGGAGGCAGCCUCCAUUUUACAGGAGUUACAGGUGGAAACCUAUGGAUCAAUGGAAAAGAAAGAGCGAGUGGAGUUUAUUUUGGAGCAAAUGAGGCUCUGCCUAGCUGUGAAGGAUUACAUUCGUACACAAAUCAUCAGCAAGAAAAUUAAUACCAAAUUUUUCCAGGAAGAAAACACAGAGAAAUUAAAGUUGAAAUAUUAUAACUUAAUGAUUCAGCUGGAUCAACAUGAGGGAUCCUAUUUGUCCAUUUGUAAGCACUACAGAGCAAUAUAUGACACUCCCUGUAUACAGGCAGAAAGUGAGAAGUGGCAGCAGGCUCUGAAAAGUGUUGUUCUUUAUGUUAUCCUGGCUCCUUUUGACAAUGAACAGUCAGAUUUGGUUCACCGAAUAAGCGGUGACAAGAAAUUAGAAGAAAUUCCCAAAUACAAGGAUCUUUUAAAGCUUUUUACCACAAUGGAGUUGAUGCGUUGGUCCACACUCGUUGAGGACUAUGGAAUGGAAUUAAGAAAAGGUUCUCGUGAGAGUCCAGCAACUGAUGUUUUUGGCUCUACAGAGGAAGGUGAAAAAAGGUGGAAAGACUUAAAGAACAGAGUUGUUGAACAUAAUAUUAGAAUAAUGGCCAAAUAUUAUACGAGGAUAACAAUGAAGAGGAUGGCACAGCUUCUGGAUCUGUCCGUCGAUGAGUCAGAGGCUUUUCUCUCAAAUCUAGUUGUUAACAAGACCAUCUUUGCUAAAGUAGACAGGUUGGCAGGAAUUAUCAACUUCCAGAGACCCAAGGAUCCAAAUAAUUUAUUAAAUGACUGGUCUCAGAAACUGAACUCAUUGAUGUCUCUAGUUAACAAAACCACACACCUCAUAGCCAAAGAGGAGAUGAUACAUAAUCUACAAUAAGGGUCUUGGUGCCCUUAAUGCUUUUAGAAAAGAGUAAAAAUUGAAAGUCAUAAGAAAAAAGAAAGACUUAUUAUCAUGGUGUAUAUGUUGGGUUUUUUUCGUCUAUUCUCACUUCCAUUGUCUAAAAGUGAAAAGAUAGUGAAUAUGUUUGAGGCCCUUUUUAACCUUAAGUUCCCUUAUUUCAUUCAUUGUUUAACUUUCCGUUGGCAGUUGCUGCAAAAAUACACCAUUUUUAUUGUCUGACUCAAAAAAUUGUGUCAUAACUUACCCAGAUAUGUUUGUCUAUCAUUUGACACUUUUUUUUUUUUUUUUAGCUCUUACUUGUUUUCAUUCAGCCAGCAACCAUAAUUAUAAUAAAAGUGGUAUGUGCACA